GCCGUUUCCACGUAUCCGAUCGUAUCGUAUCCGGGUACACGUACCCGUAUCGGUGCUUCUUAGGUUAUUAUAAAGUCCUACAAUUGUAGCCAAGUUCCAUAAGUUCUUAUUUCUUUGAAUGAUCUGAACAGCAAUAAUUAUGUUUAAACCGAAUGAUGAAGAAGCCCCAGAAGUAAGGUUUGUCUCUUCGAAUCUAGAAUUGCUGACCUGCUUUCUGAAUAAUCAUACACAUGCAAAGCUCUUUUUCCUUUCUGAUUGCAUUUUGCAUCUUCUUAUCAGUCUCACAGUUGGUUCCAAUACUCAUUCUGAAUACGACCGGAGACAAUCAGAACUGAAAAAAAACAAAAGCAGAAUUAGUUCGUGGUGGACUAGUUUAUGGGUUCGAGGUACAUGGUGGGAUUCGAUAUUUGUAGCCUCGUGUGUUAUCGCAGUCUCACUGGAUCCACUGUUCUUUUACAUUCCUAUCAUCGAUAGGGAAAAAAAGUGCCUUCAAGCAGACACACAAUUGAGGACUGUAACUCUCAUUUUGCGAUCAGUGAUGGAUAUCACUUUUAUAGUGCAUAUUAUCUAUCGGAUUCGUGAAGCUAUGAUCGCUGCAGCCCCCGAUAAGAUGGCUGCCCCCGAUAAGAUGGCUAACCAGGAAGAAUCGAAGUCUUCCGAUUUCUUUAAAGGACCCUUCUUUAAACGUGUCGGUGCAAUAGUUGACAAUUUGUCAUGGCGCUCUCUCAUAACUGACAUUCUAGCUGUUCUUCCUAUCCCACAGGUGCUACUACUUGUUGUCUUCUUUAAAAUGAGAGGCUCUGGAUAUUUGAACCACAGAAAGAUUUUGAAUUUCUUUCUUCUCCUUCAAUAUUUGGCAAGAAUUUAUCGUAUUCACCUAUCUUCCAAAAAACUUACAAAGAGUCAUGGAAUAUGGAUUAAAGGACUAUUCAAUUUAUUUCUCUAUAUCUUUGCAAGUCACGUACUUGGAGCCUUUUGGUAUUUCUUUUCGAUUCAACGAGAGACAUCAUGUUGGCAUCGAAGUUGCGGUGACAAGUGUAUAAGUACCUUUUAUUGUGAUGAGUACAAACAUUCAAAAAAUAUGGUGACACUUAUAACAUAUCUGAAUGCAUCGUGCCCUAUAAAUACUACUGAACCAUUUGAUUUUGGAAUAUUUCUUGAUUCUCUAAAGUCCAAUAACUCGACAUCAACCAACUUUCCACAAAAGUUGUGUUACUCUUUUUGGUGGGGUCUACGAAAUUUGAGUAAUUUUGGCACGAAUCUUGUAACAAGUAACUAUGUAUGGGAGAAUUUAUUCGCAAUUCUUAUUUCUAUCAUUGGCUUGUUACUGUUUUUGUACCUCAUCGGAAAUGUGCAGACAUUUAUGUCUAUGGGAACUGCAAAGUCAGAGGAGAUAAGAAGGAAGAUCAAAUCAAAAAAGAAAGAUAUGAAAGUGUGGAUGGAGAAAAAUUGCCUCCCUGCUAAGUUGAGGAAAGAAAUCAUGGCAAAUAUAAGAGAAAAAUUAGAACAAGACAAGCAUGCUGACAUGGGGGAUCUGUACUUCAUUCUUCCCUCGUCAACCAAAAAAUCUCUAAAGCGUGCUCUCUGCAUGAGUACACUGAGAAAAGUAGGACUCUUAGUUACAUGUUGAUACUCAAUCAAU